GUAGCUGAGGCUUGACUUGGCGUAGUUUGCUUCCAUUUGAGGUUUGGAAUGGGGCCCAUUAGAGGAGUGAAGAGGAGGAAGAACACUGAACCGAAGAGGCUUGACCAGAAUGUGCUUGCUGCUGCUACCCUGAGCCCUCAGCCUGAGCCACUUGAUUGGUGGGAAGAGUUUCAACAGAUAAUUACUGGGCCUCUAUCUGAAUCAGAACACAAAAUGAAAUUUGAAUCUCUCUUCAAAAUUUCGAGAAGGACAUUCAAUCACAUUUGUUCACUUGUAAAGGAGCGUAUGGCGACUAGGAACUUCAGUACCAAAAAUGGAAAGCGUUUGUCUCUACAAGACCAAGUUGCUGUUGCUCUUAGGAGGCUUAGCUCUGGUGAAUCGCUAACGAACGUUGGUGACUCCUUUGGGAUGAGCCAAACAACUGUUUCUCAGGUAACCUGGCGGUUUGUGGAAGCAAUGGAAGAGAGAGGGCUCCACCAUCUUUGUUGGCCUAAAGAGCAAGGUGAAAUGGAAGAGAUAAAGUCCAAGUUUGAAAGAAUUCGUGGCCUUCCAAAUUGCUGUGGUGCAAUCGACAUCACUCACAUCACGAUGACUGUGCCUGCAACUGACGACUCAUCAGAUGUCUGGCUCGAUGAUGAGAAAAACUGCAGCAUGACAUUGCAGGCAGUUGUAGACCCUGAUAUGAGAUUCCGUAACAUAGUUACUGGAUGGCCAGGAAGUCUGAGUGAUGACAUUGUCCUCCAAAGCUCAGGUUUCUUCAAACUGUGUGAAGAAGGAACUUAUUUAAAUGGGAAGGAAAUGGUGCUGUCUGAAGGAACAGAAGUAAGAGAGUACAUAGUAGGAGAUUCUGGUUUUCCACUUUUGGAAUGGCUAAUGACUCCUUACCAGGGAACAAAACUCUCAGAUGAUAAGGCAGAGUUUAACAAGAGACUUUCUGCAACCCAAAUGGUGGCAAGGAGAGCAUUUGUGAGGUUGAAAGAGAGGUGGAAACUAAUUCAAGGAGCAUUGUGGUUGCCUGAUAAGAAUAAGCUGCCGAGGAUUAUUCUCGCUUGCUGCAUACUGCAUAACAUAAUCAUUGAUAUGGAGGAUCAGGUGCAGGAUGACAUGCCUUUAUCGCACCACCAUGAUUCGGGUUACCACCACCAGAGUUGUGAAUCUGCUGAUAAAACUGGCUCUCUUCUGAGAGAGAAACUUUCUUUAUACUUUUCUGGACAACUACCAUGA